AUGACCACCCGUCAAAAAACCGCCUUAAUCACGGGCUGCACCCCCGGCGGCAUCGGCCACGAACUCGCUCUAGAAUUCCUCCGCCGCGGCUUCCAAGUAUUCGGCACUGUGCGAUCCGAAGAAGCCAAAAAGACGCUUGUGAGCGAGGGCGUCAUAGCAAUCCAGCUUGAAGUUACGUCCGAUGCGAGUAUUCAGGCGCUGCAUGAUGAGAUUUCCGAGCGCGUGGAUGGAAAGCUUGAUAUUUUGGUUAACAAUGUCGGCGUAAGCCACACAGUCCCCGUGCUUGACCUAACAAUCGAGGAUAUGCGCAAGGUGUUCGAAAUCAACGUGUUUAGUUGUAUUCGUUUGGUGCAGGCUUUUGCCCCGCUUCUCAUAGAAGCGAAAGGAAAGAUUGCCAAUAUAGGGUCUGUUGCUGGUAUUGUGCCGUAUGUAUUCGGUGGAUGCUAUAAUGCGUCCAAGGCAGCGCUGCAUUCAUAUACGGAUGCGCUUAGAAUAGAGAUGGCGCCGUUUGGUGUUCAAGUUGUUCUGGUCGUGACUGGUGGUGUGAAGAGUAGGAUAUCCGAUGUCAAGAAGCGUCUUCCACCAAAUUCGCUGUACAUGCCUAUAGAGGAAGACUAUUUGUUCCGUCAAGGGAACUCUCAGCGAACGGCGAUGCCGACAGAAACAUAUGCGCGGAAAGUCGUUAGCGACCUACUCGAGCCAACCUCCAAAGCAUGGCUGUGGCGUGGCCAUCAAUCGAAUCUAGUUAGAUGGCUUUCGUGGCUUCUUCCUCGUGGCUUUUGGGACCUUUACUUUUCGAGAAAAUUCGGGCUUGGGAAGCUGCGUUCAUAG